AAGAACUGCAGCUGUUCCACGGCCGGAAUGCGAUGAGAGGUAGGAAUGUGGAUUCGCACCGGUUGUAUUGGGUGGUGGUGGCCCGGGAUUGGUGGUUGAAGGUCAAUUUGCGUGAGGACUGGGGCGAGAUCAUCGAGGAGAUGGCGCUGCCGAAGCGUUGCGUGAACAACGAGAUUGCGUUGAAGAAGAUUAACUUCCGGUUUUUGGACAAGUACGCGAAAGUUUAUUUUUACGAUGGGCCUCCAACGAAGAGGAGGACGACGAAAAGCUACAUAAUCGGAGGUGGUCAGCGCAGAUGUUGCACUCGGUGCCGGCGGUUUACAGCACCGCAACUUCCCGCCCACAAACACUCACGUCGCGACGGCGCAGCUUCAGCCGAAUGAAUCUGGACAGUGAGCCAAAAAAAA